UGUAGGGGUUAGAUAAGGGGUGAUGGGUUUAAGGGAAUUGGACUGAAGAUAAUGGGAGUUUAAGGGGUUUAGGUAUAGAUUAAAUGGUUUUGGAAUUUUGUAUUUUAGAGAGAAGAUAGAGGUUUUUAGAGGUGUUUAUUGAGUUUGGAAUUGGAUUUUAGACUAGAGGGAUGCUCUAGACUUUUGAUAGAGCUUGUUUGUUUUUGAGAAGUAUAAGUUUCGGACUUUUAGAAUUUUAAUUAUGACAAUGGAUUAUAGAGUCAAGCUGAACCUGAGAAAGAUGACUCUCCAAUCCCGGUUAUUAAAGAUUAUUUCGGGAGCAAAACAAAUAGAGAAAGUCCAUUCAUUACAAGAAGUACUCCUCAUAGCUCCAGCAUGGAUUGCCCAAACUAUAAAGUUAAGUGAUUCAAACCCUUGACUCAAACUCACGAUUAUAUAAAUCAAGGAAACUCUUUACAGGCGAGAAGAGCCUCUUUUAGAUACCAGGAGUCUCCAGUUAAACCUUUGCAAAAGAUUCCUCCUUUCGUUACUCCGAGUAAAGAGCUAUUUCCAAGGAUGGGUUCUAAUCUACUGUCAAGACGUUGUUCUGGUUUUACACCUGUAAAAAGAUCGAUUCGUGAUCCAACAAAACUCACGUCCACUCCUAUCGAGCCUGUUCUUCAACGUCGAGCUAAUUCAGAGUCUCUGCCGAAGACUCGUACGAGCCAUGUGUCAGUCCUAAAGCGAGCCGAAAGCCUUAGUUAUCGUCAAAAUUCCUUAAAGAAGGAUCAAUCACAGUCUAAAAUUCCUCAAAUUUUCAAAAUUAUACGGCCAAAUUCUGAAAAUUUCCCAAAGGAAAAGGCCAGAUUCCAGCUGAGGCUGCCUGCAGAUGAAGAAGAAAAAUAUGAACGAUUUGUGGUGACUCAUAAUCCAAACUUUCACGGAAACAAAUGGGCCUCAAAAGGGAUCACAGGUGGAUUUCAGAUACCCCAAGUGGGAAGUUUAGGAGCUGCAUCUAGAUUUGUAGGUUUUAGACCAGAUUUUUAUGGUGGAAAGCACAACUCAGUGAUGUUCAAUAACAGUAUUUUGGACAAUAAGUUGAUUUAUGAACAAAGUUCAGAAGAAGAGUCAGAUCCAGAACUUAAAGACUUUAAGAUAAUGCUUAAGAAAGCAGAUGAGAGACAAUGCUCCUUCAGCAAGAAAAAGUACAUGAUUAAUAGAACAGAUGUUCUGAAAAAGACCAUUCUUAGAGCAAUCAGGAGUGAAUAUAAUAUGGACUUCUCAAAAUUUCUGAAAGAUAAAAGCUACCAAAAAGAUUGUACUCCUAAAGAAUUCUCUAGUUAUCUCGAUUCAUACGCUGCUGCACUUAUCCAAAAGCACGGCCCUGGGAAAGUAAAGCAAAAAUACGGAGAUUUGCCAGAUCUUGGAUUUACCGUAGGCCUCUUCGUGGAUUACUGUAAAAUGAAAAAGCUAUCUUUUAACACUGAGAGCAAAAACCUGUUAAAUGAGUUCCACGAGGUUUUAUACAAGUACUCACAUGAGAAGUUCAAUAAGUUUAUCCAUCGCCCUUGCACAAAGUUCCUCUUCUCGAAUAUACUUACUCUAAAGUCAUUGGAGAAGUUCCUGCAGGACCACCAGACUUUAGGAAAGGAUAAGAAGAAAUACAGAAAAUGCAUUAAAGAUCUAAUCUCAUGAGAAUUAAGGACCUAAAUUAUUUAGUCAAUUUCAAUACUUGAA